AUGGCAAGAGAUCCUGGCAAAUCGAGAUUCAUUCUUAUGCCCGUUGAUGGAUCUGACCACAGCAACAGAGCUUUCGAUUGGUAUUUGAAACAAAUGUACAAGGAAGGCGACCAUGUUGGCAUCCUUAACAUCGUGGAGCCUCCGAAAGUUCCUGCUUCCUUUAUGGUGAUGGGACCGCUUGUAACUCCAGAUGAAUGGCAUAAGCAGCUUCAUGAAAAUGUCGAGAAGUCAAAGAAAAUAGCCGACGAGUACAAAAAAAUGUGCGAGAAGGCUGGUGUGCAGUGUUCGGUGUUUGUGGAGGGGACAGAGGACAGUCCUGGCGAGAAGAUUUGCCAAGUUGUGAAAGACAAACAAGCAGAUGGUGUUGUUAUGGGCUCUCGUGGGAUGAAUCUCCUUCGCAGAACUUUCCUUGGUAGUGUCAGCUCCUACGUGAUGAACCAUGCUCACGUCCCUGUUGUGGUUACCCCACCCAAGGCUGAAGAAGGGUCUUAG